GUUGGCGACGGUUUGAACUUCCCCUCACGCGCCUUCGGCUCACACGGCGGGCCGCACCUGCCGGCCUUGGUCGCGCCAUGACUAAAGACAGCCCCUCAGGGGGCGGCGGAGGCCCCGCUCUGUCUGCGCGCCAUUCCCCGCGCAAGGCCGCGUCCCAAGCCCUUGGCGGCGCUCCUCCUGCCGCCCUGGGCAGCGGCGGCGUCUCCAGCGGGGCGCCUCCCGGUCCUCCUCCCCCUCCCCCGCCCUUCCCUCCUCCUGCGGGGCCUCCGCCCGCCUUCCACGAGGACCACCGCCGAGAGCUGGAGUCGCUUCGGGCGGAGCUGGAGGCGGAGCGGCUGCGCUCUCAGGAGUGCCGGCGCCGCUUCGCGCUGGAGUCGCGCGAGCUGCGCGAGGCGGCCGAGCGCGAGCGGCAGCUGCUGGCCGACCAGCUCCGCUCCAAGUGGGAACAGCAGCGGGCGCGCGAGCUGCACCAGCUGCGCGAGGCCGGCGCCCGGCAGCGCGAGACCGAGAUCCGGCAGCUGCUGCGCUGGAAGGAGGCGGAGCUGCGAGAGGCCCAGGAGCUGCUGCAGCGGGAGCGAGACGCCGCCAUGCGACAGGCCCGCGACUUGCAGCGCCAGCUGGCCGAGGAGCUGGUCAGCCGAAGCAGCCGAGCUGGCAGUGGUGGUGGUGGAAGCAGCUCGGGUCUGAACGGCGAGUGCCGCGCCAAGCUGCAAGAAGUGCUGGGCAAGCUCCGCUGGGAGGUCGACGGCGACCAGGCCGCGCGCAUCCGCCACCUCAAGGCCGAGCUGGAGCUGGAGAGGAGCCUCUUCCUCAAGUAUAUCCUGGAGCGCUUCGAGGGAGAGCAUUCGCCGCUGGCGUCGUCGCACAAAGUCAGGCCGCCGCCUACGACACUGCCCAGCCACAGACUGGGCAAGAGCAGGCCCCGCUCCUUGGAGAGCCUCGUGGUCGCCUCCUGCGCCCCCGACAGCGGGACAGCCUCCAAGUCCCGCUCCCUGCACAGCAACCUGAGCCCAUGCGAGCCUCACCCCCACCCCCACCAUGCUCUGCUGGAAGGAGGGGGCCAAGCGGGUGGCGGCUGCGCCCCACAGCCGGAGGCCCAGAAGGCUGCGGCCACUGCUGCUUCCUUGGGGAAAGAGAAGGCCCCUCUGGAGGAAGGGGCCAAGGAAGAGGGGUCUGCGGAUGCACCCCCGGAAGGGAAAACAUGCAGCUCAGGGUCAGCGGGAGAAGGCGCAACGCCUCCGGCAGGCCUGCAAAGCCAGCAGCAAGACUGGCUGUCGGGAGGCGGCUAUGACCAGCUGGUGAAGCAGAACACGGACCUCUUGGAUGCCCUGGGGGCCCUCGAGCAGCGGUGCACCCGCCUGAAGGAGGAGAACGCCCUGCUGAGGAAGAGCAGCUUCCCGGAGAUGCAGGACAAAGUGAAGCGGCUGAAGAGGAAGAACAUGGAGCUGGCGGCCAUCGCCAAGCGCCUGGAAGAGCGGGCCAAGAAGCUCCAGGAAUCCGGCCUCAAGGUUGGCGGCGCCCCAAUCCCCUUAGCCUUGGCUUGCCCCGACACAGACCUGUACAAGAGCAGCUAUGCUCGGCAGCGGGUGAAGGACCUGAGCGAACAAGCCAAUGUUCUGCUGGCAAAGGACCAGCAGCUGGAAGCCUUGCAGAAGGAGUGCUGGGAGCUGCAGGCCAAACUGUCUUCAGGCACAGAGAAUGCCUGUUUUCUCAACAUCUGUGAGUUUGAUCGCUUGCUGCGAGAGUCUCAGAGAGAAGUGCUGAGGCUGCAAAGACAGAUCAUGCUCAGGAACAUCAGGGAAUCUUUUCAGCUCUCCAAAAUGGCCUCCAGUGCUCCUUCUUCAGCAGUUAUCAUCCCAGAAACAUCAGUUGUGGGCGCAUGCUUAAAGGGCUUGCCUUUGCCAAAGGAGAUGCCAGAAACAUUGGACACAUUGGUGAAAGAUGUGCAAUCAGAAGCACCAGCUUUGGGGAACAGUGCUAAGAAUGAUGAAAACAGCACUUCAACAUUGGGUUCGGAUGCUGAGCAUUCCUUGCAGACUUUGAAAAGGGAGCUGGCUGAAAAAGCUCAGGAGUGUAAAAACCUUCAAUGUGAAGUGGAGGCGAAACAAAAGAGAUGUGAUUAUUUGGAACUGCAGAUCAAUGCAACAUUGAGUGAAAAGGUCAAGGUUGCAGAGGAGAACUCUCAGCUACAUGAGAAGAACAAACAGAUGGAAAAGAUCCAGAGUGAAAAUACCGAGAUAAAAGUGAAGCUCAUGCAGGCAACUGAUGACUACAAUUCUGCCGUGCAGUUGUCUAACGGACUGGAAAUUAAAGUGGAGCGUUUGGAGCAAGUCAUUAAGAACAUGAAAGAGACGGCAGAAGGAUGGCAACAGUUGGAAUCUGAACAUGAGAAAACUUUACUGGUGCUGCAAAAGAAAGAGGGAGAAAUACAACAACUGCAUCAGAUGCAGACAGAGAUAAAAAGAGAGCAUGAGGAGGCAGUACAGCAGCUUGAAGCUCAAGUAAAAGAGCUGGAAAACCAGUAUCACAGUCAGACCAAACACUUUAAUCUCCUGACUGAAGAACUUGAGCAAGUUAAGACAUCUGGGCUCUUAGAAUCAGAAUUAUCCCAUGCAACUUGCAAUUCCCAAGCAAUAAUUUGCCCAGAAAAAUGGGAACAAUGUACUGGCCACAAUCGCCAUUGUAAUAAAAGCAUCAGCGAUGAAGACUCUGCAUCUGUGGGUUCUUCUGGCUUCCCCCAAAAACCUAAAGCAUUAGAAUCCCAGUCAAACUCAUCUGCAUCCGAAUCCAUACAGAACAGCUCUAAAUCUUGCCUAAAUCCCGAAGAAGAUACAGCAGGUGAAACAGAAGACCUAGAGACAGAUAAAGUUUCUAUAAGCCAACAGCUAGAAAAUCAAGGUCCUUCAAAACUUUCUGUCUUUUUGGCACGGUAUAGCUAUGACCCUUUUCACGGCCCUAAUAAGAACCCUGAAGCAGAACUUCCACUGACAGCUGGGGAAUAUGUUUAUAUUUAUGGAGGAAUGGAUGAGGAUGGUUUCUAUGAAGGGGAAUUGAUGGAUGGUAGGAGGGGACUGAUCCCCUCAAACUUAGUUGAAGAAGUUUCAGGGAAUGAUCUAAUAAGUUUUGCCCCUUCAGAGCCAAAUGAUGUUUCUUAUCAUUCAUACCGUGAAACAAGUUUCCCCUGCCAAAGUGCUAGUAGUGAAGACAAAAGCGACAGCCUUGAUGAAGACAUGUGUGUUAAUCUGCUGUCUAACAGACUGGGAGGGGAGCUGUGUGAUGACCAGGCAGCAGUUCUUUGUCCCCAGAACCUGACUCUUAUCAAACAGUUUGCUAGGUCCAUCCUUAUAGGCUGGGACCCACCACACAUGCUAGAUAGCCAGGGCAAAGUGUACAGCUAUAACAUUUAUGUCAAUACAGAUCUGUGUCACAGUGUGAAGUAUGGCAGUCAAAUGAAAGCAGUGAUUGAGAACCUAGAUUUAGAGCUGCGUUCUUAUCGCAUCUCAGUUCAAAGUGUGACAGACAAAGGAAAUUCCGAUAAGAUGCAAUGCACUUUCCUUGUAGGAAACAGUUUCCAUAUUGCACCGGCACUCCUGGAGCUUUGGAGCAUUACUGCAACGUCAGCAAAAAUUACUUGGUUGCCAAGCAACAGUAACUACACUCAUGCAGUGUACCUUAAUGAGAUGGAAUAUGAUGUCACAAAGGCAGGGGUAUAUUGGUAUACUUUCCAGAAUCUUAGCCCCAGCACUCAGUACACUGUAAAAGUGGAAACACUGCCUCCUAAAGAAGUGUUGAUGUUUCCUCAAGGGGAUCUGGAGCAGAAAUCAGCAGCAAUUAUGUUCACUACUCCACCAGCAGGACCGCCUCAUGCUCCCCUCGAUGUCCAAGUACAACCUAGUUCUUCUGCAGAGUUCCUAAUUGUUAGCUGGUUGCCAGUAACAAUUGAUGCAGCAGGAUCAUCCAAUGGCGUAAAAGUCACUGGCUAUGCAAUUUAUAUCAAUGGACAGAAAGUCACAGAAGUUGCAUCACCGACAGCUGGAAGUAUAUCAUUAGCAAUGUCUCAGCUAAAUAUGUUCCAAGGGUCUUGGAAGGUCUCUGUGAGAACUGUGUCCCCCUUUGGGGAAUCUGAGGAUUCUGUGCCAGCUUUAAUUCCAUCCGCUCAUUUGGAAAUUCCUAAUUCUUUAAUGUCAAAGUUCUUUUCCCCCAGUCAUGCCUCUGAGAUGACUUUCAAAGAAUUCUUAGAGUUUGAAGAUGGGCACAUCUCUGCCACAACCAGUAUGUCCUCAUCUGUCUUCUCCCACAUGUGCCUGGCUGGUGCAGACACCGAUUUCACCAUUCACUUCAUGUCUGAUUACAAAGAAGAAGCAGUUUCUGUGCCAGUAAAUGUUUCUCAGAAUCAUAUGACCUCUUCUGCACUGACAACUUCACACGAUGCAAGAAAUAAAGACAAGGGUGAUUCUAUUCUACACACAUCUGUUAGAAAGCACUCCUCAGAACAUGUUUUUCCUACUUCAAAGUACGAAGGACUAGCCAGCGCCGCAUUGCCAGUAUUUACUGGAGACACUGGAAGAGAAAUUUCAGAAGAUCAUCCUCUGACUAAAACGAUUGUAGGUAAGAAUCAGCCAGACAACAGCAAAAUCAAGGUGUAUACAAUGGCCGAACAUACCAAUGCCAAAGAUUCAUCUUUUCAAUGCCAUAUUGACAUUAUGGGUGCAACCACUGUUUCUUCCACAGAGUUUGAACUAGAGAAGGGCAAUUGCAGAGGUGCAGGAAUGCGCAACUUCUGUCUUCAGGAAGAGCUGGGUCAUCUUUCUGAAAAGAACCACAUAAAGAAGGUUAAGCAGUUAUGCAAAGAACUCUCCAACUUGAGUGUGUCUGAUGCUGAAAUAAAGGAAGAGCAAGUAUCAAGAACUAAAAGCUGGAAGACUCCUCUUGGUGACCAUAACCAUAUUUCAGAUCUUUCAGAUAUUGAGGAAGAGGAAAACCAGUUGUAUAGGAUGAACGUUUCUGGACGAGAAGACCAUAAACCACAGGAGACGCCAGUGUCCCUUGUAGAACUGGCAAAAGAUAAAAUUAUAACCAUGAGCCCCAGAACUGACCAAACAGUGCCUAAUUCAGGCCCUCAGAGCAGCUUUGUUUCAGGAGAAAGGGUUAAUAAUGACCCAACAAGGCUUUUUGUAGCACUUUUUGACUACGAUCCCAUAACUAUGUCACCUAAUUCUGACACAGCUGAGGAGGAGCUAUCUUUUAAAGAGGGACAGAUUCUGAAAGUGAUUGGUCACCAAGAUGCUGAUGGUUUUUACCGAGGUGAAUGUGAAGGAAAGAAAGGGUAUAUUCCCUGCAAUUUGGUAUCUGAAAUGUACAUUGAGAGUAAGGAAGUGAAAGAACAUCUAUUAAAGUCGAGUUACAGUAAAGAUGAAAGCUUAUGAGGAGGUUAGUGGCUCUAGUCAGCAUAAUAAUCAACAGAUCUGACCCCAAAUCUUGGCAGUAGGAUAAUAAAACUAAACACCUACCACCUAAGGCUUUGGGAUUAUAAUAUCCUAAGCACCCAAGAAAAGGCUUGCUGAAUGUGGGUGAAAAAUUAGCUGCCAUAUAAAAUAGAAAAUAGGGACGCGGGUGGCGCUGUGGUCUAAACCACUGAGCCUCUUGGGCUUGCCAAUCAGAAGGUCGGCAGUUCUAAUCCCUGCGACAGGGUGAGCUCCCGUUGCUGGGUCCCAUCUCCUGCCAACCUAGCAGUUUGAAAGCAUGCCAAAAAAUAGGUAUCGCUCCGACGGGAAGGUAAACAGCGUUUCCAUGCGCUGCUCUGGUUUUGCCAGAAGCGGCUUAGUCAUGCUGGCCACAUGACGCGGAAAAACUGCGGACAAACGCUGGCUCCCUCGGCCUGUAAAGCGAGAUGAGCGCCAUAACCCCAGAGUUGUUUGUGACUAGACUUAACUGUCAGGGGUACUUUACCUUUUUUAAAAUAGAGAAUGCUAUACUUUUGCACACAGAUAGGGGAGAGACUUAAUAAAAAGGCACCAUAGAUGUCUGGAAGCUGUUCCCUCUGAACAAAAAGAAUCAGACUUGUUAGCCUUUAGAAAACCCUAGAAGAUGAGCAAUAUACAUAAAAAGUGUUUAGAAUUGUAUAGCAAGAGAACAACAUUAGAAGAAUAUUUUCAGUGUCAGAGAUUCUUGCCCAAGAAGUAUUUGGGGUGGGUGUAGUUCCAAGUCAACAGCAUCUCUGUUAUUACAGAAUGGACAGUAUCAAUACCUCCCUAGUAAGCAAAAUUACAGUAUAAUUCUAAGCGUGUUUAUGUGAAAGCAAGUCUUUCUGUAUUCACUGUGGCAUAGACACAGGAGUCAGGCUUAUUGACUUCAGUAGAACUUCUGUAAUAGCAUUCUGUAAGAUGUCUGCAUUUUGUAGAAUUCCAACUACUUUACAUUGCACUGAGCAGAGUCAGCAUUUGAGCUGGAAUCGUAAAACAAAUGCUUCACCUGAAUAUUGAUUGAUGGCAAAUUUUACUCCAGUAAGUGACUCACUGAAGAUGUGUCCAUACCCCACGUGGGACAUUUCCCCCAAGCAACAGCUACUUGAUUCCUGAUGCUUAAGCGCAUAAUUUGUUUUAGUUCACAACUGGAACAAAUACUAUGUCAGUGAUCAAGUGAGUCUUUUUGUGGGUGUGCCCAGGAGCUGCAUGCAUGUACCAAUAGCAGACUUGAGUUGAGUGAUGAUGAGGAAAAGAGCAGAAGCAACUCUGGAAUAAAUGUUUGUCAUCUUGCACACUUCCUCUUGCUUCUGACUUGAGGUUUUUUCCUAGCCUCUUGAGCAGACUUCAGGGGGCCAUGGGUGCUUCACCCCCCUUUGUGGGGACUGGGUCCCCACAAAGUCAAUGAGCAAAGUUGAAGCCCUUCAUCGCGGGCACCCACAAUCUUCAGCGUGAGAUAGCCCCUAUGUUCCUAGCCAAAACCAACUCUUGCUAUAUAGAAUGCAGUUGCAAAGUUGCUCGUACUUUAAUACUAAAGCAUUUUGUUCUUGCGUUCAAGCUUUCUAACUUCAGAUUGGAAUGUUCAACUUGCACAUGUGUUUGAAGAAAAAUGACUUGCUAUUCUUCAAGUUAAUGCUAGCUUUUCAGUGUAGGUGUUUGUUGGUGCUUGGUGAUGUUGAUCACCCACCCUAAGAGCUUUGAGUUAAGGCCUUGCGCCCCAGAAGCUUUUAGAAAUAGUAAUGACAAUAUAUUAAAUUAAUGAGACAUUUGCAUGGAUUUAUACUUAAGUCUAGCUCUUCAUUUUAGAACAAUUGUUGAUGCCAACCAAUGAAAGUUACUUCUAGGAUUUGCUUCGCUUUGUAUUCCAUCUUAUUUGUAUUUUCCUUCUUCAUUUAUGUGUUUGAAGUAGCAGAACCAUUUUAUGUUUUUACUUUACUCUUGUACGCCUGUUACUCUACAAAGUUCUUAAUUGUGCUUUUGUGUAAUUUAGGCUAUAGCUACUGGAUUGAGGAAAGAGUGAUGCUGCUAUUCGGAUCGAAGCCAUAUUGACGGCGGAUUUGGGAGCUACCUUUGAAUACAUUUCCUAUUCUUAUACUAAAACUCCUUAUUUAUUAAAAUAUUUGCAAAGUUUGUACCUUACAAUCGCCAUUGAAUUUUCAUUUUGUCUUUAAUCAGCAAAAGUAUUGCCAUUUUUUGAGCUGUAAAGGUGGUAUCUGUGGCAAAAAGUACAUGGAUUUAUUUAAAGAACAAAAAUAAAAUAUUUUUGUGUGUGUGUGUAUAUCACGCUC